AUGGCGCUUCUGGGGCUUUUGGUUCUCGCAGCACUCCUGGGAGUCGUGGCAAAGUGUGUUUACAACGCCUUCCUACACCCACUCAGCCAUUACCCCGGUCCAAAGCUCGCUGGUGUGACGAGAGCGUACUACUUGUUCUUUGAUGUUCGUGGGGUUAGUCACUGGAAGGUUAAGGAAUGGCACGAGAAGUACGGCGAGGUGGUCCGUAUCGCCCCCGGCGAACUCUCUUACACGUCUGGCCAGGCUUGGCAAACGAUAUAUGGCUUUCCCAACAAGGAGGGGACGGGCAACUUUGAGAAGGAUGCACAGUGGUGGAACAAGAACGUCAACGGCGUCGAGAACAUCCUCACGGCCGACGACGCCGGCCACAAGCGCAUGCGCCGCCUCCAGAACCCCGCCUUCUCGGACAAGGCCCUCAAGGCCCAAGAGUCCGUCAUCACCGGCUACGUCAACCUCCUCAUCCACAAGCUCCACGGGCAGGCGUCGAGCGGGAGCGCCGAGUCCGCGGCCGUCGUCGACAUGAACUCGUGGUACAACUUCACCACCUUUGACAUCAUCGGCGACCUCGCCUUUGGCGAGCCCUUCUACUGCCUCCGGGAUGCCAAAUGGCACUGGUGGCUACACGCUGUCUUUGACAUCUUCCAGGCCGGCACAUACCUCCGUGCUGCCCGUCGGUUCCCUUCGCCGCUGUCUGAGAUGCUUUUGCUUCUCAUCCCCCGCCGCCUCAUCAAGACCAGGGUUGCUCAGUUCCAGUUUGGUGUUGAGCGUGUGAAUCGCCGGCUUGAGCAAGAGACCGAGCGUCCCGACUUUAUGCACUACAUCCUACAAGGAAGCGAUGAGAAGGGCAUGUCGACCGAGGAGAUCUACGCCGCGGCCCAGGUCCUCAUCGUCGCCGGCAGCGAGACCACGGCGACAGGCCUGACCGCAGUGACGUAUCUCCUCUGCGAGAACCCGCAAACCUUGGCCAAGCUCACUUUGGAGAUCCGCAGUACGUUUGAGAAGGAAGAGGACAUUACCAUACAAAGCACCGCUGGGCUGAGCUACCUCAAUGCAGCCAUUGAAGAGGCUCUUCGGCUGGGACCACCAGGCCCCGGGACGUUUCCUCGGGUGGUCCCGGACGGCGGAAGAAUGGUCUGCGGACAGUUCGUGCCGGCGGGGUACUCAGUCGGUGUUCACCACCUCGCCGUCAACCGGUCCCCGACGCACUUCCGCGAGCAUGACGAAUUCCGUCCUGAGAGGUGGCUCGGGGAUCCGAAUUUUGAGUCGGACCACAAAUCGGCGGCUCAGCCCUUUUCGUUUGGACCAAGGAACUGUAUUGGAAAGAACCUGGCUUAUGCCGAGAUUCGAACGAUCAUUGCUCGUGUUGUGUGGAAUUUUGACAUGAAGCUGCACGCGGACAGCGCAGGCUGGCUGGGGAGACAAAAAAUGUUUACUACUUGGCACAAGACGGAGAUGAAAGUCUACCUUUCCCCUCGGGCCAAGUGA